CGUAUUCAUCAUGUCACGCUGUAAAAUUAAUGUUUGUAUUCGACUGUUAAAAGAACUGUAUGGAGAACUGCCAUCUAAAGUUGGUUACUACUUAAUGACAACUGGCCCUAGCUCACUAAAAGUUAUUUCAUUCGAUACCAAAUUAACAUUAACUCAGACCAAGAAGGUUCUGUGGAUUCUUAUUCAGCAGAACAUUGUGACGUUUGAUCAGAGCAAGCGGUCCGGACUGGAAUACACCAUAGACACUGACCAUGUGCUGUGGCGUCUGCGAUUCCCGAAGUACAUCUACUGCGCUAAAGCACUGUACGGCGAUGCUGCCGAACUGUUGGUUGAAGAGCUCUUGCAUGAAGGUCAAGGGGUCAUAGGCAAUGUCGUGCAGAAGGUCACUGAUAAAUUAAAUGAAGCUUUAGAAACUGCAGGACAUACAAGGAUCCAGUCAAGUCUGGUACGCGACAAGUUCAGCAGUCUUGUUCGCACACAUUUUCUUCAGAGAUGUCCAAACCCUGUGAGAGAUGCCAAACAGAGAGUCAUCUCCCUUGAAAAUCCUGCCCAAUCAGAAACCUUGUUUGUUCUGCCACUUAUGGAUGUUGAUGAUGUGUCUACAUCUAAGAGGAAGAGAUCUGUUGAUGACUCGACUCAACCCAUUAAGAAAAUAAAGACCGAAGGAUCAUCAAGUGUUCAAGAUGACGUUGUGUACUGGAGAAUAAACUUUGAGCGCUUUCAUCAACAUUUUCGUGAUCAGGCUAUUAUUGAUGCAGUGUCGAAGAAGAUUGAUAAAAAAGCAUCUGAAAUUGUUCGCACCAUGCUUCGUCUUAGUGAAGUGAAAACAGACCCAUUUGCAGAGGUGACCUUGCCCUUGUCGUUCACUGAGAUUUUCCAGUCUUUAUCUAAAGAUCAUGGAAUGACAAAACUUGUGCUCGACCAGUAUUUGUCCAUCAUAUCAGAUGAUUCGGCUGGAUUCAUUACCAAAGUUGGUGAAAGUGGAGGAGGGAUGUUUGUUGUCAACAUGCUGAAGGUGUUGACCGCGUUGUGUACUGCUCACGUGGAGUCGGUCGUUCAAGAGAGGUUUGGUUCCAAGUGUCUUAGAAUAUUCCGAGUACUCUUACUGAAGAAACAAAUAGAACAGAAGCAGAUUGAAGACUAUGCCAUGAUACCAGCAAAAGAAGCCAAAGAAAUGCUGUAUUCUUUGCUUGAAGAGAAUUUCAUUACAUUUACGGAGGUUUCCAAGACGGUGGACCACGCCCCCUCUAGGACAUACUACCUGUUCAACGUGCACCUCAUCCACGUGACGCGCAUGCUGCUGGAACACACGUACAAGGCUGCUGCCAAUGCAAUGGUGAGACGAGAAAUGGAAGUAAAUGAACACAAGCGUCUGCUGGACAAACAGGAGCGUGUGGAGGCGAUCAUCUCGACCCUGGAACAAGACGAUGAGACGCAGAAAGAGGAAAUAGAACAGAUGAUAACACCACCGGAAAGAGUGCAGCUCGAGAAGGUCAAGGUCGCUGUUAAUAAGUUGGAUAACUGCGAGAUUCAACUGGAUGACACGAUUUUCCUGUUGGAGACGUAUCUAGCCUACACCAUGAAACCCCCACCUGUUAAACCUAGCAAAACGUGAUGUCGUGGCAAUAAAUUAUACCAGAAUU